CCCCCCCUUCGCCUCACCGCGCCGCUAACUUCCGCCCGCCCUCCCAAAAUUCCCCCGCCUCUCCGCGCAAAAAACCACCCCCGAAACCAAAAAAUCCCGCGCGGCCGCCCGAAAUCCCCCUCUCCGCUCCCCUCGCGCCGCGCCGCUCCGUGCCCAUGGAUCCGCGGGCGGAGGCGGACGCGGCGGCGGUGCUGGGCGCCGACCCGGCGGCGCUGACGGCGCUGCUGGCGGACCUGACCUCCCCGGCCAACGAGGCGCGGUCGCGGGCGGAGCAGCAGUUCCACGCGCUCCGCGGGUCCCACCCGGACGCGCUAGCGCUGAGCCUCGCGCACCUGCUGCUCUCCCCGGCGCACCCCUCCGCGCCCAUCGCCGCCGUGCUGCUGCGCCGCCUCAUCGCCCCGUCGUCCCAGGCCUUCGUCUACCCCGCGCUGUCGCCCGCCACGCAGUCCUCGCUCCGCGCGCUGCUCCUCUCCGCCGCCUCCGCGCCCGCGCUCCCCAGGUCCGUCUCCAGGAAGCUCUCCGACGCCGUCGCCGAGCUCGCCUCCUUCCUCCUGCCGGCCAACGCGUGGCCCGACCUGCUCAGCUUCCUGUACAAGUCCAUCGACUCCCAGUCCUCCCCUCCGGGGCUGCAGGAGUCGGCGCUCAACAUCCUCGCCCGGCUGGCCUCUCACCUCGCCGCCGUCUUCCCCAACCUCCAUGGGCUCCUCCUCGCCGCUCUGUCCCAUCCCUCGUCUGCUGACGUCCGCGUCGCAGGGCUCAAUGCGGCGAUCAGCCUCAUCCAAUCCCUUCCCUCCGCGGGGGCCCGCGACCAAUUCCAGGACCUCCUCCCGGCCAUGAUGCGCGCUCUCGCUGAGUCGCUCAACUGCGGGAACGAGGGCUCCGCGCAGGAGGCUCUGGAGAUGAUGAUUGAGCUCGCCGGUGCAGAACCGCGGUUCCUGCGCCGCCAGCUGCCCGAUGUGGUUGCCUCCAUGCUGCAGAUUGCCGAGGCCCUGGGAUUAGAGGAUGGCACCCGUCACCUUGCUGUCGAGUUUGUUGUUACGCUUGCCGAGGCACGGGAGCGUGCCCCUGGAAUGAUGCGGAAGCUGCCACGGUACGUCGGACGGCUCUUUGCGGUGCUUAUGACUAUGCUGCUCGAUGUCCAGGAUGAACCGGCAUGGCAUGCCGCUGUGUCUGAGGAGGAAGAUGCUGGAGAGACAGGAAGCUAUGUCUUCGCACAGGAGUGUCUGGACCGGCUGGCAAUUGCUGUUGGCGGUAACACGAUUCUGCCCGUUGCAGCUGAGUUGCUUCCAUCAUUUUUCUCCUCUGAAGAUUGGAAGAGACGGCAUGCGGCACUGGUGACCAUAGCACAGAUUGCAGAGGGCUCUGCUAAGGUGAUGAUUAAGAAUCUGGAGCAGGUGGUUGGGAUGGUACUGAAUUCCUUCCAGGAUCCUCAUCCUCGGGUGAGGUGGGCAGCAAUUAAUGCAGUAGGGCAACUUUCAACGGAUCUGGGUCCUGAGUUACAAAAUCAGUUGCACCAUGUCGUGCUACCUGCACUAGCUUCAGCAAUGGAUGAUGUCCAGAACCCACGCGUACAGGCACAUGCUGCAUCAGCUAUCCUAAACUUCAGUGAAAACUGCAGACCCGAUAUUUUGACACCAUACCUAGAUGGAAUAGUUGGGAAACUUCUAUUGUUGCUUCAGACUGGAAACCAAAUGGUGCAAGAGGCUGCUCUAACUGCUUUAGCAUCAGCAGCAGAUUCUUCUCAGGAACACUUCCAAAAAUAUUAUGAUGCAGUAAUGCCCUACCUCAAGGCUAUUCUUAUGAAUGCGACUGAUAAAUCCAACAGAAUGUUGCGUGCCAAAUCCAUGGAAUGCAUUAGUUUAGUUGGUAUGGCAGUUGGGAAACAGAAGUUUAAGGAUGAUGCUAAGCAGGUGAUGGAAGUUCUCAUGACACUGCAAGGAUCUCAGAUGGAGGCUGAUGACCCUAUAACAAGUUACAUGCUGCAAGCAUGGGCAAGACUGUGUAAAUGCCUUGGUCAGGAUUUCUUACCAUACAUGAGUGUGGUUAUGCCCCCUCUGCUCCAGUCUGCUCAGCUCAAACCAGAUGUGUGUGUCACUUCUGCUGGACCAGAAGAUGAAAAUGGUGAAUCUGAUGAUGAGGGUGUCGAGACUAUUACACUGGGUGAUAAGAGAAUUGGCAUCAGGACUAGUCUACUGGAGGAGAAAGCUACAGCAUGUAAUAUGCUGUGUUGCUACGCUGAUGAGCUCAAGGAAGGAUUUUUCCCAUGGAUUGAUCAGGUUACAUCUACACUUGUACCUCUCCUCAAGUUCUAUUUUCAUGAAGAAGUUAGGAAGGCAUCUGUUUCAGCAAUGCCAGAGCUUCUUCGUUCAGCAAAAUUGGCUAUAGAAAAGGGUCAAGCUCAAGGUCGUGAUAAGUCUUAUCUUAAGCAACUAUCUGAUUACAUAGUUCCAGCCCUUGUAGAGGUCAUGCACAAAGAACCUGAACCACAAAUUUGUGCAAGCAUUCUGGAAUCAUUGAAUGAGUCCAUACAGGUAUCCGGAACACUUCUUGAAGAAAAUCAAGUAAGAUCUGUAGUGGAGGGAGUCAAAGAAGUUAUAGUUGCAAGCGCUAAUAGGAGGAUAGAACGAACAGAGAGGGCAAAGGCUGAAGACUUUGAUUCUGAAGAAGAGGAUGUACUUAGAGAAGAAAACGAACAAGAGGAUGAAAUUUUUGAUCAAGUUGGUGAUUGUCUAGGCACUCUUGCCAAAACAUUCAAGACUUAUUUUCUUCCAUUUUUUGAUGAACUCUCCAUGUAUUUAACACCUAUGUUGGGCAAGGAUAGAACAUCAGAAGAAAGAAGGAUUGCCAUAUGCAUUUUUGAUGAUGUCGCUGAGCACUGUCGUGAAGCAGCAGUUAGGUAUUAUGAUGCAUAUCUUCCUUCUCUAUUAGAAGCCUGCACAAGUGAAAAUCCAGAUGUUAGGCAGGCUGCAGUUUAUGGAAUUGGCAUUUGUGCUGAAUUUGGCGGUUCUGCAUUUAGGCCUCACACUGGGGAGGCCCUAUCCAGAUUAUACAAUGUAAUCAAACAUCCUAAUGCUCUGGAUUUGGAUAAUGCGAUGGCAUAUGACAAUGCUGUUUCUGCUCUUGGAAAGAUAUGUCAAUUUCAUCGUGAUAGCAUCGAUGCAUCUCAGGUCAUUCCUGCUUGGUUAAGUUGCCUGCCGAUAAAAAAUGAUUUAAUUGAGGCCAAGCUUGUCCAUGAACAGCUGUGUGCGAUGCUUGAGAAGUCUGAGAGGGAGCUUUUGGGUCAUAAUAAUCAGUACCUCCCAAAGAUUGUAUCUGUUUUUGCAGAGAUAUUAUGUGCGGGGAAAGAUCUGGCAACAGAACAGACUUCCAGCAGGAUGAUUAAUCUACUAAGGCAACUUCAGACAACAUUGCCUCCAUCAGUGUUAGCCUCGACAUGGUCUUCUUUGCAACCACAGCAACAGCUUGCUCUACAGUCUGUGCUGUCGUCAUAGCGGGCCAGAAUAAUCUCAAUGUUGUAAAGCAUUUGAUCUUCACAGCUUACCUUUUGGUGUUCUCUUUAUGUACUUUUGAGCCAGGGUUUUGGGGUUUGAUUAGCAUACAUGUGCCCUUAGGUUUUGUAUGGAGGGCAAGGCUUGCAUCGGGUGUGUAUAUCGGUUGUGGAACUGCAUGUGGAUGUGUGGCUGGGCUAUCUCCACACCACCGAUGAAGUUGUAAAGCUAUAUAUCUGGUUCGCUUAGUGAUUUUAGGUGGAUUGAAAGAAUUGUAAAUUAAAAAAAUUUUGGUAGCUAAUUUUGAUGUCAUCAUAUUUCUUAUA